GUCUUGAGCAAGCUAAGUGAUGAUCAAGGUAACAUAUAUUCGCUAAAUUCUAGAGUACAAACUCAACCAAAUCUAUCCGUAAUCAUCCUGCAACAUACGGCUACAACCCUUUUCUAGGACAUCAUGCAGAGUUUCGAGGCCUUUCUUGACAAUGCAACAGCCAAAGCAUCCAACAUCAUCCCUGGUGCUGCGAUGGCGGUUGUGGAUCAGCACGGUAACUACGUCUACAAGAAAGUUUCAGGAACCAACGGCGUCUUUGACGACGCGUCUCCUCUCGAGUUCGAUCAGACGUACUUCAUCGCAUCUUGCACAAAACUUAUAGCUUCUAUCGCAGCGCUGCAACUGGUGGAAGAAGGACUCGUCACCCUGGAUGAGUCCUUGGAUCGCCAUCUUCCGGAACUUGCAUCCCAGCCCAUCGUUACGCAGACGCAGGAUGGACAGCUCAAAUACGACCAAGCCACGACCGUGAUUACCUUGCGCGAUCUUGUUACGCACUCGAGCGGCGCGACUUACGACUGGCUUGAUCCUACCUUGUGGGCAUGGCGCGCUUCCCGGGGAGAAGUUCCAGCUGUAGUCUUCGAUGGCGACGUUGCAAAAGGCCUGACCUAUCCUCGAAGAUACGAAUCGGGUACAAGCUGGAACUACAGCGGCGGACUUGACUGGACCAGCUUACUCAUUGAGCGACUUACUAGUACAAGCUUUGAGGAGUACGUCGAAACCAAUAUAGCGAAGCCUCUUGGUGUCGAGUCAUUUACCUGGCAUUUAUCGCGCAAGCCACACGUCGCAGAAAAGCUCAUGCGCAUGUCCACACGUAAGGAAGAUGGCGCAUUGACAGAUGGACCUAACCCAUUCUCGCCUGAGCCAGUGAAGGAGGCCGGUGGCCUGGGCCUGUACGCCAAUGCACAUGACUUCACGAGAGUGCUGGCGGAUCUGUUAAAAGACUCUCCUGUACUUCUGAAGAGGGCUUCAGUCGAUCAGAUGUUCACCCCACAAUUCUCCCCGGGUAGCUCAGCUCUCCGAGAUCUACGGGCUAUGGGCGAAUUUGCUUACAAGUGUGCACUUGACGAUAGCAUGGAGGGCGUUGUCACGAACCAUGGGCUUGGUGGGCUGUUGAUUGAGGAGGACGUACAAAGAGAGAACUAUUUUCGACCUGCAGGUACAUUGUCGUGGUCUGGAUUGCCAAAUUUGUCUUGGGGUAUCAACCGUGAGCGUGGACUGGCAACUUUCUUUGCUACGCAAGUCUCACCCUGGGCGGACCGUAAGACUUGGGAUGUCAUCGCCAGAUUCGAGACAGCAGUCUGGAGGAAUCUU